CAGACUUCCUUCCAAUGUAGUAAAAACCCAUUUUGCCCCUAAAUUGUACACGUUGCUAAGUAGGAUUAACUGUUCCCUGAUCUGCUUAGAUUUAGUUUCUGGCAAUGUAGGAGGCUGGCGUGUUUAGGUCUGUUCGUAGGCGUAAUCCCAUCCACAAGAUUGUGAAGUACUUCUCUGAUUCUGUUUACGCCAAAUCUGGAUGAAAAUCUUCCAAGAUAUCUCCAAGUUACUAUUGAGAGCGGGAAUUGGAUGAUAUUAGGGUUUAGUGGGGUGUAUAUAGAAGUGUAACCUCUACCCUCCUAAGCAGAAGAUUUAAGACAGAGAGAAAACGAAAACUGUAAGGCUGAGUGUUGAAGUUAAUGAAACUCUAUUUACAGUAGUCGUUAUUUCUGAGACCGAAGGUAGUAAGAGCCUGUUUAAAAUGGGGCAGUUAGUGAAGUUGGUUGUUGGUGUUUGGGAACACCUAGGAAGCAACGAUUGGUUAUUCAUGGCUGAUCCAACGGAACAGAGGCACGAAGUGAUGGUCCAUGAAAACCAAACUUAUCCUUCGCUUGUGGAACUUGUAAGGAUGAGAUACAGUGUGGGCUCGCAUACUGCGGUGGCUCUCACGUAUGAGUAUCCAGAAUGGAUGAAGGUACCUGGAGAUCUGACCACACCACCUGUAGAUGUGAAAGUCGAUGGAGAUGUAGAGUUUUUCAUGUCAGUGAGGCUGGAUAUUCCUGAGAUGAGGUUGAAGGUGACUAUUGGUAACGACAAUGUUGCACGCUAUCUAUUUCAAAGGAGGGAUGACUUUACUGUUAUAGGGAGUUAUGCUGGGAACUUAGCACCUAAUCCCAUUCCGUACCGUGGUAAAGAUAAUAUUAACCCCCCUGUUGAAGAACAUAUCAAUAACUUGCCUGAGGUGGUAAUGGAUAAACCGGUGUUUUGGGAAGGUAUGCUUGCACAAGGGUGACUCACGGGGAGUCAGAAGUUCCUAAUGGGCGUAUGCACUGAUGAGGAGAUGGAGAAUGUCACUGAAAGGGCUUUGACGUUGACUAGGGCAACCCGUGAUCCUGACAUAAUCCUCUACUGACUGACGCACGUCGCCUCUGAAUGUUGGGCCACAUGGUCCUGUUAACGAAAUAAUUAGACUCCAACCCACGUGAAGUAAGACUUAGUGAUACUCCUAACCUGGCACUGGCCAUAGUUGGAACUUGGAACACAACCCCGUUGUCCGUCAGUGGGAGAGUAUUUUUCUAAGGGGAAAGGAAAGGAGGGUGAUCCAGAUGGAGAGUAUGUGCCACUCUUUGAUAACAAAUACCACGCUGAUCCUGAACCGGAACAUGAUUCUACUGACGAAGAUGAUUUAGAGGAUGGAAAACCGCAUUUAUAUGUGGGGCAAGUCUUUGUUGAUCGUCAUGCCUUCAAGACACACAUGUCGCUGUAUGCUCUAGCCAAUAAAUUCCGGUACCUUUGCAAGCGAUCUGAACCUGGAAAAAUGAUGUUGGAGUGUAAUGGGAGCAACUGUAAUUGGCGGGUGUAUGCUGCAAAGAUUGCUGGCUGUCCAAGAUUCCAGAUUAAAAGGGUGGACGAGGAGCACAAAUGCACCAUAGAUGAGAGGGGUGACUUAAAAAGGCAUGCAACAACCACUCUCAUUGGUGAUAUGAUGAGAACAAAAUAUGGUGUUGGUGGCUCGGGUCCAAGGCCAAACGCUGUACGAGAGUUCAUGAGGGAUGAUCAUGACGUCCCAAUAUCUUACUGGAAAGCUUGGAAGUCUUGGGAGCUUGCAAUGGACCGUGGCAUGGGUAAUACAGAAGAUUCGUACAGGAAGUUGCCUUCUUACUUGCAACAAUUGGCGAUAUCAAAUCCUGGUUCGGUUGUUGCUCUUGAGACGAGUACUACCAGUGCUGAGGUGCAGCAAUUCAAGUAUCUUUUCUUUGCAUUUGGUUCUUCUGUGAAGGGGUACUCCUAUAUGCGUAAAGUUAUAAUUGUUGACGGGACACACUUGAAAGGGAAGUAUACCGGUUGUCUCCUCACCGCUAGUUCUCAAGAUGGUAACCAUCAAAUUUUUCCUCUUGGAUUUGGAGUGGUGGAUGGCGAGAACGAGGCAUCAUGGACUUGGUUCUUCAGCAAGUUACUCGACGUUGUUGCUGAUGAUUAUGAUGUUGUGUUUGUCACAGAUAGACACAACUCCAUCUACGCGGGACUGAGAAAGAUGUACCCUAAGGCUAAGCAUUGUGCAUGUGUUCUCCAUCUUCAUAGGAACGUGGUGACAAUGUUCAAAAAGAAGCACUUGGCCUACCUGGUCUCGAAAGCAGCUAGAGCUUUCCGUGUGUGCGAUUUCUACAAGCACUUCAACGAAAUCAAAAUGAUUGACAUGGAUUGUGCGGACUAUCUAAUCCGUGUUGGCUUUGAGCACUGGAGUCGGUCUCAUUUCGGUGGCUUGCGUUACAAUGUAAUGACUAGUAACAUUGCAGAGUCCUUGAACGCUGCAGUCUCUGAGGCCCGUGAGGUCCCUAUUGUUGCUUUGGUUGAGUACAUAAGAACAAUGCUUAUGGGUUGGUUCCCGGUGAGGCGGGAAGCGGCAGGCAGGACGGGUGUUGACACCUAAGAUUGAAGAGCUGCUGUCUAAGAAUUUUAGUCUCUCCACUGGAUACAUGGUGUGCCAUGUCAACAAGUCUGAGUACGAGGUCCGUGGGCGUGAUGGAGUUGCCUAUUCUGUUGAUCUUGAUAACAAAUCAUGCAGCUGUCUAGAGUUUGAUAUGCUACUUAUACCCUGCACACAUGCUGUUGCUGCAGCUGUUCAUUCACGGAAACGGGUAGACUCACUUGUUAGUCAGCAAUUCAGACGUUCAACUUGGGGGAUGGCUUACUCCAUGAGCAUCAAUCCUGUCAGUGAGUAUGAAACUGUGUUGUCAGAGUCAGACACUCUUGGAGUGAUGCACCUUGCACCUCCUAACACAAGGCGUCCACCAGGGCGCCCCAAGAAGACUCGGAUAUUGUCGAGAGGUGAAUUUAAGCAUGUGGUGUUAGGAAAGAGGCCAAGGACUUGUAGAAGGUGCGGUGGGAAAGACCACAAUCGUGCCACCUGCAAAGCACCCAUAUGAAAUGGUUAAUGUAAGGAAGGGGGCGUGAAGAAGGAGUAUUAUGGUGUAGGUCAGAUGAGGGCCGACCAAAUGUUCGUUAUGUUUAUUAGCAAGUUCCCCGGAAGAUACCUAAGUCACUAACCUAUUGUACUUAGACUUUGGGAUCUUAAUAAUGCAUUGCCCCCACUAUGAGCAAAAUCUGAUGUAAUAUUCCGUCAAUGAAAGGACAUAUUUU